AUGGCGCCCAGAAAAGCAACGAAAGUCACCCAAAAGAAGGCUCCCCCAAAAACGCCGCCAAAAGCAGCAGGCUACCAAUACUACUCCAACGACACCGACUUCGACGCGGCGAGAGCAGCGCAACAAGCGCGCAUUGAAGCCAACAACCCCACCCUUCCCACCGCCCCCACCGCCCCCACCGCAGCACGCACUGACCAGGAUGGAGAAGGUUACAGCCUCCGUGGGGGAAAGGUGAGUAAGGCGAGGGGUACGCGCAAGGGAGUCCCGGCCGUUGGGAAUGAUGAUGAUGGUGGUCAGGAUGAGGACGGGGACGGGGAUGGGGGCGGUGUUAAUAUGGCGAAGGGGAAGGGGAAAGAGAAGGACAAACCAACUAACCUUAGCAAAACAAAGGGGAACAGUAAAGCCACUUCCAAGCCUGAUGCAUCUGCUGCUUCAUCAAGUCGUAACAACGGUGGUAACUGCGGUGCUGGCGCUGGAUCCACAAGAGCGGACAAUUCGGGUGGGGUGGGUGGGGUGGGUGCAAGGUAUAAUUACACAGAAAUAUCAUGGGGCGAGCUUUUCCAGGCGCAGAAUGCAGAUCCGCACGCGACGGGGAUUAGAGUGGGGAUGAGUUGGGAUACUUAUCGGUAG